GCCAGUCAGUGCGACAGAAGGGGUAGGCAGAAAUGGGGCGGCCGUUGAACAGAAGAAGAGCGGAUGGGCUGCCCGGCAUAGUUGAUAUCGGCUUUGUCGCCGGAGAGAUGGAGGAGGAGAUGGCGCGGCCGCUAAACUUUGCGGUUGUGGAAACCGGAGUUUUCCGGUCGGGAUUUCCUGAGGCUGGGAAUUUUAGUUUCCUACGAAGUCUGCGCCUUCGCUCUGUCGUGUAUUUGUGCCCGGAGCCGUAUCCGGAGGCCAACUUGGAGUUCUUGGAGGACAAUGGAAUCAGGCUUUUUCAGUUUGGAAUUGAGGGCCAUAAGGUAAAUGGGGAACCAUUUGGCAAUAACAUCCCAGAAGAAAUGAUUCGAGAGGCUCUCAAAGUUGUUCUUGAUGUUAGAAACCACCCUCUACUCAUCCAUUGCAAUAGAGGAAAGCAUCGAACUGGAUGCGUCGUAGGAUGUUUGAGGAAACUUCAAAAAUGGUGCUUGUCUUCAGUAUUUGAUGAGUACCAGAGAUUUGCUGCAGCCAAAGCAAGAGUUUCUGAUCAGAGAUUCAUGGAGUUGUUUGACAUUACUAGCUUGAAGCAUCUAUCACCACCAUUUGGCCUUCUGAAAAGCUCAGCAGUUGCUUGAAGAAGUGGAAUUGAAGGUGGAUUUACUUUUAUUAUGUUCAAAAGAACUAUUUUCAUGAAAGUAAUGAUCUCCAAUUUAUGUUUAGGUUAUAAAUCGAUCAAUUGUGUAAACAACUGAAGUGUCUGCUUAGUUUCUCUCUGGGAGAAUAUUGGCUGGUAGAGAUACUUAGGGAAAUUGCAAGUGGCAUUCUUUUUUUGAGAUCCCUUGCAGAUUUUUGUGUCCUGCAGUGGUAAGUGUACUUCAAAAGGUCCUGUUACUGAGUUCUGAAUCCAUUUUUAUAUUAUGAUGAAGCAUCUAACUUACUUUUGUA